AGAAAUGGAGGAGGAAACUAACCCGCACGAGUACCCGUAGACACACCAAAAAUCUCGACCAAUCCAAUUAACAACCCAUAAUUUCAACCCAACACUACAAAAUUGUUUUUGAUUAUCUAUUACAAUUUACAUCUAAAACAACCUUUGGCAUCGCUAAAACAACUCUCAAGCACACUCAAAUCAAAUCUUUGUUUUUCUUUUUCUCCAAGUGCGUCGGCAAUGCAAAACUCUCCUCACUCAGAGGCUGAAGCAGACUCGUGGGUGGACGCUGAGAUAGACGCGUGGUGGUGGACACUAAGAGAGUCACUUCGCUAAUAAUAUGACGCAUCGGUAGCACCGCAAAUCCACAGUAGUCUCAAACCCUUUUGGCCUUCUUUUUGGUUCCUUUACUGAAUUUUCUUGAAAUCGGUCACGGAUCGUUAAGCCAAAAAAGAGAAACAUAGAAACUCACUUGCUAAGCAAAGUAAUGCUAAAAUGUUGGACAACGAUAUUGCUGAGUAUGUUGGUUUGGGGGAAGGGUCCUCUCACAACUUGCAGAAGUACCAAAAGGUUUCAGUUAUACCUCUUGUAUUCUUGAUCUUCUAUGAGGUCUCGGGAGGGCCAUUUGGCGUGGAAGACAGUGUCCAGGCAGCCGGUCCCCUUUUAGCCCUUCUUGGUUUUCUGGUUUUUGCAAUCAUAUGGAGUGUUCCAGAGGCCUUGAUAACUGCAGAAAUGGGUACUAUGUUCCCUGAGAAUGGAGGGUAUGUUGUUUGGGUCUCAUCAGCUUUGGGUCCAUAUUGGGGCUUUCAGCAAGGUUGGGUGAAAUGGCUUAGUGGGGUAAUUGAUAAUGCUCUAUACCCUGUUCUGUUUCUGGACUAUCUGAAAUCAGCAAUUCCAGCUUUGGAAAGUGGUCUCCCAAGGACAAUUGCAGUGCUGGUUUUGACUGCGAUUCUCACUUACAUGAACUACAGGGGUUUAACAAUAGUGGGUUGGGCUGCUAUCUUGCUGGGGGUGUUUUCACUUCUUCCUUUCAUAUUCAUGGGAUUUAUAGCAAUCCCCAAGCUAAAUCCAUCCAGGUGGUUUUUGGUAAAUCUGGACAGCGUAAAUUGGACUUUGUAUUUGAACACUCUGUUCUGGAAUCUUAAUUACUGGGAUUCCAUUAGUACUCUAUCAGGGGAGGUGGAAAACCCCGGUACAACUCUUCCGAAAGCUCUCUUUUAUGCUCUUAUCUUGGUUGUGGUUGGAUACAUUUUCCCCCUUCUGAUCGGUACUGGAGCUGUUCCAGUUGAUCGUGAACUGUGGUCUGAUGGUUAUUUCGCAGACAUUGCUAAAAUGCUUGGAGGUGUAUGGUUACGAUCCUGGGUCCUAGCAGCAUCUGCACUGUCAAACAUGGGUAUGUUUGUGGCUGAAAUGAGCAGCGACUCCUUUCAACUUCUGGGUAUGGCAGAACGUGGGAUGCUUCCCUCAAUCUUUGCCAAAAGAUCUCGUCAUGGUACUCCUCUUGUUGGAAUUUUAUUCUCUGCAUCGGGCGUUAUUUUACUCUCGUGGUUGAGCUUCCAAGAGAUCGUAGCCGCGGAGAACUACUUGUAUUGCUUCGGAAUGAUUAUGGAAUUCAUUGCAUUUGUGAAGUUGAGGAUGAAACACCCAGCUGCAUCGCGGCCGUUUAAGAUACCUGUUGGUACUGCUGGAGCAAUUUUGAUCUGCAUUCCUCCGACACUGUUAAUUUUUGUAGUUUUAGCUCUUGCUUCUCCAAAGGUGAUGGCUAUAAGCAUCUCUGCUGUGAUCAUUGGGCUUGUUCUGCAGCCUUGUGUUGAGUACACAAAAAAAAAGGGAUGGUUUAAUUUCUCCAUGAAUUCUGACCUUCCAGAUAUUCAUGCUCCAGAUCAUCAGUGUAACGAACCUUGGAUUUCAUGAAUUCUAGUAGCCAUCUUGGUAUUUUGACAUUAUUAGUUGUCUCUAAACUGUGAAUCCUAGUUUUUUUUUGCCCUUUUACUUAUUUCUUGAAAUCUGUCUCAUGCAUACA